AUGGGGCCUGAAUCCGUCAGGUCAAGGCCGGGAACAGUUCACUUUCGGCAGCAACUACAGGAUCCCGAGUACCGCCGGAAGUUCAUCCACACCCUGAUACUGUACUUUGCGUUCACAGUCAUGGGUGUUUGUCGUGCCAUGCACGACUCGGCAUUCUUGGACCUGGCUCAGAUCACUGGGAGCAAUGUAGAGGAGGCAUCGGUCUUCUAUACAUCCUUUGCGGCAGGGGGACUUGUGGGAUCAGUCUUCAUGGGUGUCCUCCUUGAUAAAUUGGCCAAACACAGGCAAGCCCUUCUGGCCGGCAUUGUUCUUCUGAGCGUUGUCUGCACAAGCGCCAUACCAUGGAGCACGAUCUACGUCUUGACCAUUUCCAUAUUUUUUGUUAAUGGGAUAUUAACAAUGGCCCUUGAUUCAGGUGGAAAUGCUGACAUGCUGAGCACAUGGGGCGUGGGAGGCAAGAUGUUUAUGCAGAUUCUACACUUUGUCUAUGCCAUCGGCACCAUCUUAGCACCCCUCGUCGUGGAACCCUUCUUGGCAGAACAGAAAACACUCAAUGCGACACUCUGUAACAUAUAUGAGGUAUCAAAGGCAUAUAACUACAGCGAUGGAUCCAAUAACUUGAACGAAAGAACCUUCCUUCUUCCUGAGAACUGUGUCCCUUCCGAAAGUCAGAUCCAGUAUGCAUACAUGAUAGCAGCUUCACUCAGUUUUCUGUCAGGAAUCAUGAUAACUGCAGAAUGCUUUUUCAGUCCCCCAGACACGAAAGGUAAAACAAGAAAAGAGAAUCAUCGUAAUCCUCGAGUGCUUCCCAAAUGGCUGCAAGUGCUUAUCCUCGGUAAUAUUGCCCUCUUUUAUUUCUUCAGCUGUUCUAUCUUCAGUGUCACCGUCGGCUACAUGAUGGCGUACUUUGUAAAGGAUCUUGGAUGGAGCAAGGAAAAGACUGCCAAUUUGACAUCAGUCUUUCGGGCGGGUUAUGCUGCCUCACGCUUGCUCUGUGUGCUGCUUUAUCGAGUCCUAACACCUCGUGAGCUUUUGUAUAUUUCUAAUGGUCUAAGUGUGUUGUCUUUAGGUGGUCUCUGGCUCAGCAUAAUUUAUGAGUUUGAGGCGGGGAUCUGGAUCUGCAUGGUUCUUGCGUCAAUAGGACUGUCAGCAAUUUUCCCAACUGGACUUAUAUAUAUAGAAAAUGAUGUCAUGAAGGUGUCCGGAAUGGUGACGUCAGUCAUCUGGGUGGCAGCGAACUUACAGGGAAUUGUGAACCCUUUGUUGGACUUUAUGAUGGCUACUAGGAACGUGUUUGGGCGCUUCUAUUGCCCUCGCAACAAAGCAGAAAUCUCAUUGUACAUACAGCCCAGCACUAAUUUGCCAUUAAGCCAGCGCCGUGAAUAA